AGUCCCACGUGACGAUGGACAUCGGCCCUGACGACGUUCUUCUCCUCGCUCCGUGUCUUGCAGACAUGGAUUUGGACUACGUGAGCACGCGGAGGCCUUUGGACUACACCUUCAACUUCUGGACCGACUACCUGGGUCUGAGCACGCUGGUCAGCAAGUCUCAGACUUCCAACUCCAUCACCGAGUCCCUGAAGGCAACACUGGGUCUGCGAGACAGUCCGCCGCGCGCGUGCGCGUGCGCCAUGGCCGGUGCCCCGGACUGCCGCUGCGCGCCCGGUGCUCCGCCGCCGCGGGAGCGCGUCCCGGUCCUCGGUCCCUUCUACGAGCUUCCGGCGCGGCCGGCGCACGGCUGCCUGGCGGAGCGCAGGACGCGCAGGACCUCCGCCAAGGCCGGCAAGCCGGAGCUCAACGUCUGCGUCUUCUGCCGGAACAACGGAGCACCGGAGGAGGUGUACGGCUCGCACCUGCUCAAGACCCCCGACGGCCGGGUGGUCACCUGCCCCGUCCUGCGCGCCUACACCUGUCCGCUGUGCCGCGCCAACGGGGACGCGGCGCACACCAUCAAGUACUGUCCGCUCUCACCCCCCCACAGGGGGGCCAGGAGGACCACCACCUUCUAGGAAUGUUCCAGCAUUUUCAUAUCUUGGACUUUCACCUCUAGAAAUAGCUCUCUACAUACAUACAUACAUACAUACAUACAUACAUACAUA